UCAUGUCAAACUGUAGGGAGCAGAGUUUUUUUGAUGCGAUGAAAGAACUACGAAUAUGUAAAAUAAGUAAUCUAAAAUCUAUUAAAACAUAUUGAUUUCUUAGACAUAAAAUAAUAAUUUCCUAUCAUUUGUUUCAGAAUGAGUUGGUAGCCGACGACGCCCAUGUACUAUGGCAGCGGUGAAUUCGGUGCAGACGACGCGGCUGCCGUUGCCGACGUUCUCGCCGCGCGCUGUGCUGAUGUACAGCGCGUCGGUGGGCGGCGAGGGUGCCGUGGCGCUGCAGCUGCGCGAGGCGGCGCCGGGCGAGCUGGACGCGGCGCGUCUGCACGACGACCGCCUGGCCAUCGCCUGCCAUGAGCCAGAGCUACUGGCUGACCUGCUGCACGCUGCCGCCGAUAUUGAUGGUGAGCAUGACGGCUUCUCAGCUUUCUUGGGGUCAGCAUCCCCGGAGCUAGCUCUAGCGUCAGACGCGUCAGACAGCCUGCCACUGCCAGACCAGGAUAUCGAUUGCACAUCAUCGUCGUCGAGCCUGCUGGGCGGGGUGACGACGGUGUCGGUGGCGGUGACCGGGCUGGACUCGCGCCCGCACUCCAAGAAGGUGCGCCCGAAGCCCGCCUCGCCCAACCGGCAGGGACCACAGCAAUGCCAAGUAUGCAACAAGAUCUUCGGCAACGCGUCGGCGCUCGCCAAACACAAGCUGACACACAGCGACGAACGCAAGUACGUCUGCAUCACGUGCGCGAAAGCGUUCAAGAGACAGGAUCAUCUCAACGGUCACAUGCUGACACAUCGUAAUAAAAAACCAUACGAGUGCAAGGCGGAUGGCUGCGGCAAGUCAUACUGCGACGCGCGGUCGCUGCGACGACAUACCGAGAACCAUCACCAACCGGCUGCAGCCACGCCUGAGACAAGUUCGCCAGCAUCAGCCGCCACCAGCGUCAUCACAAUUGCCGAGCGGGACGCGACGGCGCAGCGCGUCGGUUCGCCCAUAUCACCGGCGCGCUCACACCCGCCACAUUCCGAUUCAAGCAACGGGUCGGAGAAAUCUUCGGCGGUGUCAAGCGGCGCGGGCAGUGACUCCAGCCCGCCGUGCACGCCGCCCGCGCCCCCCACACCCCCGGCGCGGCCCAAGCCGAAGGCUGCCAGCAAACCGAAGACCAGCACGACGCAGCAAGCCAGUCAGAAAAGCGGAAACGGUGCCAAUGGAAGCGGAGCGACGAGCGGAGCGGGCAGCGGGGCCGCUUCGAGCGCCGCGCGUGCCAGCGACGUCAAGCCGGUUGAGUGCAACCUCUGCCAUCGCAAGUUCAAAAACAUACCAGCGCUGAAUGGGCACAUGCGAUUACAUGGAGGAUACUUCAAAAAGGAUUCAGACAGCAAAAAGCUGGAUAAAAAAGAAUCAACAGGACCACCUCUACAAACAGCGUCGGUAUCCGUACGAGCGCUCAUAGAAGAAAAAAUCAUAAGCCGCAGAGGAGCCACAGCUGCCUCCACUCCAGCUACAGGCACCAGCACUGACACAGUAGUUUCCCGAUCAGGGUUCGUAGCACCGGCCCCGCCACCUCUGUCCACCAUACGAACCUCCAUAGUGUCACCUGCUUCGCCGGUCGCGACUUCAUCACAUUUUGUGUCGCCACGAGCACCGCCCGUUGUGACCGUCGCAACUAAUGCUGCAACAAACAUCUGUACAGCGCAAAGAGAUUCUACUCUCAUUGAAUUAUUAAAGAAAGGAAACACAAAGGCUGUAAAGCGAUCAGCGUCAGAUCCCGGCCAAUCGUCACCGCAACAGGAUUUCACAUUCAGACCAGAACUGUUUGGAGUCUCAUUCAAUUCUGAUGACGGUUACUUUUCACCAGCGCUAAAUGAAGACACGUUUCAAUUCACUACAACACCCGAACAAUUGGAGGAGCUAGCUUCUUUAGAAGACUAUGCGACGGUGGCAGCAUCUAUUAGGGAACGGUCGCCUGUAACCUUCCCUUCAAAUAGACGACUCGCAGCGGUGUUAAAUUCACCACUACCAGAAUCUUUAGCAGAUUUUGGUGCCUGUCAUGGUGGUUCGCCGGUUCCUUCACCGGGAAUUGGAUACACAGCGAAUUCACCCGGAUUGUCGUACUCCACGGGUGACUCACCCGGGUUGGGUUUCACCGCCACUUCACCUAGCAGCUACUCAAACCAAGCGCAGCCGUCACCAGGGAUCGCUUACCCAACACCUCCUGCUUCCCACGACGCUCAUUCGCCUGCCCACACAGUACCGCGUGCGUCUUCACCGCUAUCCGCAGCCUUCUUCACGGCUACGAUGUCUAGUCAGGAAGAGGUGGAAGAAGCUUUGGAAGAGGUACUGCCGGAAGAGUGCAGAUCUUUAGAUGCAUAUUCCCUAGAACCAUUGCCACCACCGCGGCGAAUCAUGCUAAAUUCUGAAGAUCCAUUGCUUUCGAGCAGUCCUCGCGACUUCUCACAUCAACGGCCUUUCCGACGACAAAGCCGGAUGCCAACCACAAGUGUUUCCCAUUUGCAACAAUGGCAGCACGAAUCACUUCAAGUUUGCGUGGAAGGCCGUGACACAGUACCGGCUGUAUUUUUGAGCCCGAGCAGCGUGCCAGCUUCUCCGCAGAGGCGCAAGCGCCGCGCGUCACCGGCGGGACCAUACCACUCGCGCAUGCGACGAACUACCACCCAUUAUACUCCUCGACCAAUAUUACCUCCAGAUCGCGAAGGAUCGGGAUUGCUUAUAGAACUUACUACAGGAAUGACAGCUACAGAAACGGAUGUGCUGGCACAGCUGGAUGAACCCCGUCACGCACAGAUCAACAUCGGACGCGACUUCCAAGCGGACUUGCCGGAGCUUUGCAAUGAUCGUAUAGAUCUACAUCGCGUAUCGGAACAGCUUCUAUGGGACCCCGGCAUCAAUGAUGCUCUAGAUGACAAUGAAGUGCGAAUGUUCAUGGAGCUAGCCAUGUGCGCGGCGAUGCCAGUGGGCGGGCACACGCGGGAGUUCGCCCUGCAGACGCUGGGCGAGUGUGGCGGGGACAUCCGCGCGGCCACGCUGCGUCUCAUGUCGCGCCCCGCGGCGCCCGCGCAGCACGAGUCGCGCUGGGCACCCGACGAGGUCGAAGCCUUCUUAGCUGGACUGGGCCAUUACGAUAAGGACUUUUAUAGAAUUUCGCAGCUGGUAAGAACAAAAGACUCGAAACAAUGUGUACAAUUCUACUACUUCUGGAAGAAACUAACCAAAGAUUACAAAACGUUGUACUUACGAAGCUGGACGGUGGAGCAGCCAGUAUCAACACAAGGUUCUGUAGGGCAGUUUACCGCGCCCGCCGCCUCGACCAGCUCCUCGCCGUCGUCUCUAGAAACCGAGGAGUUCCCCUGCAAGAUAUGCGGGAAAGUAUUUAACAAAGUUAAAAGUCGUAGCGCGCACAUGAAGUCGCACCGGCCACUCGACGCCGAGCCAAAACGGCCUAAACUCGAAAAGCCUUAUGAAAAGGUCGAAAGAUCCGAUGACAGAUCCCACGCGACAGCUGAAUACCAAAGCAAACCGCCCGCACAGUAACCGAUUCCUUGCUCAGUCAUUCCGCCCGCGCGCCCCGCGCCCCGCGCCCCCGCGCCCCCGCGCCGACACUAAUGCCCGCUCCGUAACACAGUACCUAGGUGCACCGCACUAUGAGUGGCUCGCUCGGACUCGAACUAAAUGCUAAAAUAUACUUAUAAGCAUUUAUUAAGAAAAUAGAUAUUUUAGAUUAAAUUAAAAGUGACCUAGAAAGAGCGAUGUAGAAACUAGUAGCUAGAGAAGAGUUGGCUUCAAACGAUUACCUAUAAAAGAUAAAUUAAAUAAUUCGAAAUUCUUAUAAUGCUAAGCUUGGAGAGAGCGCAUAAAGAUAUUUUGUAUAACGAUUGAUAAAUAAAUAGGUAGCUCUUCGUAAAGUUUUUAUAUGACAGACUUCUUAAUGUGACUUGCAAGUGUGAUUUUGUAAAUAAUGUUAGUGAGCGAGUAGUUCGCGGCUAGCCCGCGGUCCGGCGAGGCGAGCUCUACGAGACCUACUGAUCUACGUAGUAUGACAACUAUAUUAUACGUGAUAAUAUAAAUGUGUAGUAACUACACUUCCUCGUUUCUAUUCGAUUGUUUGGUACUAUCGUGAGCGCAGCUCGGUACUACAUUUGCUUGUUUGCUCAUUACCUUGUUGAUUUUGUAGUUAUUUAUUCAUCUCAUUAAUUUCUAGUCGUAUUAGACAAAUUUAUGUUGGAUGCAGUCUGGAUUUCAGUCGUUGCUCUGUUGUAGUUAGUAUAGUUAUUAUAGACUACGGAACUCAAUUCUGCCGUACCUACUAGUUACAUAUCGAUGUUAAUUCAUUGCACUUUAGAAAAAAUAUUCACACGUUUAGAUUUGUGUCCGUGAGUGCGGGUCUUGUCAAGUGGAAACCAAAACUGAUUGAUACUUUAAAUUGAUCGUAACAAAACAAUGAAUUGAUAUCCGUCACUUAGAUGUAAAUUUUAUAUUAUUACAAUUACCUAUUCCACUUGAUUCCGAUACAUUCACGGAACGCUAAAAUGGAGGGAUAAUAUUUUUUUACACAAAUAUUAUUGAAUGCUCAAAUGUUCUAUAUUUUAUGUUGGUAAUAUUAUUAUCUUGUUCCUUGUUGAUCGUUCUAUAUGCCAUUAUUUAAUACUUGAAAAUGUAUAGUUAAUUUAUUUAAAUGUGAACAUUUUUUCUAUGAAAAUGUAUCUAAUGUAAACUACGUGUACCUCCGUGUUGUGAUAUAAUAUGUAUGAGUGGUUAUUGUUUCAACGUAUUCUGUCUGUUGUUUGAGGGCACAAGCCGAGCAAUAAUCAUGUUGCUCAAUUGUAAUCGCGUGUCUCAGGAAGCCAGGCCAGCCUGGUGACCCUGGCCACGCCUGGCACGCGGCACCUAGCGCUCUCAAAGUGACAACAACUCAUUUCUCGAGUAACAAAUAAUUCGUGGUUGUGAUGUUUCUUAGUCUACUCUUUUAUUGUCUUCCGAUACUCUAACUUAAUUAAUUUUGGGGCAGAAUUCCUCGUAAAAGACAUGUUAUAACAAUUAACCUUGAAUUUUAUUUAAACUUGUUAUUAACAAACUCUUCUUUAGAUUAAAGUUUAACAAUAUCUAUGGAAAGCGUGCGACGCGCCCAGUAUUAUGAAAGUAGCUCGAAGUAAAUAUAUUUAUGAGAGAGUUAUCGUAGAACUACGUCAGCGGCGGACCGCACUGCCGGCCGAAGCGAAGGGUAAUAUCGUAAAUUAAAUUUAAAAAAACUGCCGUUAAAUAAUAGAUAAAUAAUCGGUAAGUAGUUAAUAAUAAAAGCCCGGUGGCCGCGGCUGCGGUGCGGUGCGACGCCGGCUCUUGACCGUACAACGCAUAGAGAUGUAUUAUUUUUUUAACAACUUCUGGAGAUGUCUAUUAUAUUCGUUUUCCUUCCACGAGUACCUGAACAGACUUCUGCAUAAACUACGAAAAAAAUACAAAUUAUUCCUAAUUCAGUCUCGACGUGUCGCGGUUCUAGUUCAUAAUAUUAUAAUGCCGUGACGCAUCUAAGUAUUUGUACAUCACUAACUUGUGUGAUUAUUUCGUUGUGUUAUCUUAACAAUUUAGACGAAAUUUUCUAUAUGAAAUGUUAGUUCUAUACUCUCUGAAUCGAUAUGCCAAUAUUCUGCCAAAUUGCAAAUUGUAAAUUAUAAAAAUAGUUAAUAUACUUACGCCAUAAUUAAAACGAAAUAAUUUUAGUCAAAAAUUAGGAAAUUUAGAACACGACUUGAUAGAUUAGGCGAGGUUAAUACUGAAACCCUACGAGUAAGGUUUGAGUCAUACAAUGCUUUGCUCAUACAACUACGAAACAACGUGCUACUUAUGUUUAAAAUAAAAUUAAAUAAAAAUAUCUCAAUUAUUGAAAAUUAGACUAUCGAAUAGGCCGACUAAUUAUCACAUUAUUUUCUUGACAUUCAGAGCGUAAAAACAGAGUUAUUUUCUUAGAAAAAAAAA